UCAACUGUCAAAAAUAUUAAAGAACUCAAAGGUUGUUGGAUGUUUUAUCAUUGUUUACGUUAAUAAAAUUAUUAACAAAAUUAAAUCAUUAGGAAAUGGUGAAGUUAUAUCUGGAUAUGCAAUUAAAUCAAGAAUGAUUUGCAUAUUGUCACAUUUUGUCUCGGUUUAUUAGUAAAGAGAAAGUUUUGGACAUUGCGCGGCCAUAUUGCCUACUUUUCCCAAAUUCCUAUAAUGGAAAACGUACAAGAGAAUCGUCUAACAGAUGAUGAAGAGGAUCUGGAAGCAUUACGUUUAGCAGCAUUACAAUCAUUAAAAAAGAAAAAUGAUGCAACAAAUGGGUCUCUCGAACCAGCUUUUCAUAGUUCUAGAAGGGAAGAUCAGGUCUUGAGACAAGGAAAAUCUCAUAAAGGAUUUACAAAUAACAGGAGAUAUUUUGGAGGUCGUGGACCAAAAAAUGGUCACUAUCAAGGAAACAAUACUAGAGUAAGACAAAAUAAUUUAAUUUCAAUUAGAACAGUUGUGGAAGAUCAAACAGUUAAAGACUUAGAUAAUAAUUCAACAUUAAGCUUACCUCAGGACAGAUAUACUGGAGGCAAGGAAAAAUCUAACAAAACCGAUGAAUCUUCAAGCAAAUUUGAUCGAUAUAAUGAUACAGAUAAAUCUGAUGAGGAGUCGGAAGAAGAAAAUGCUAAAAGUGGGUCAGAUAAUGACGGUAGCACUCCAAAACUUGAAAGAAAUGAUAGUCUUGAAGCCAUAAUGCAGGAGUUAGAAGAUGAAAUAACAGGAAAAUCUAAAAAUAAAGAUAAGGAAGUGAAGCAGGAGAAAGAUAAACAAAAGUCUAAAAAAGGAAAUGACUUACCAGUUGUUGAAAAUGUAGUAAGUGAUGUAAAGCCAACUCCAGAGUUAUGUCCUCCUGAAAAGACAGUAGAGGCUCCUAAAGAACCUGUUUUAGAGCCAGUUAUAGGUGUGGCGAAUCGAAAAGAAUCACCAGAGAAAAGUGAACCUCCACCACUUCGAAAAAGGAAGAAAGUUUUCCCGAAUAGAAGGGAAUUUCAAGGUUACAGACGUCCUAGACGAACUCCUCCCUACCCAGAACCACCUUUUAUACCAAAUAUACCACCGGUUCCUUUUCCUCCAAUGUUUAAUCCACAUUUUAGGCCCCCAAAUGUGGCAGUACCCCCUCCACCUGUUCCGUUCUAUGAGCGACCUUUAUCACCAUUGUCGAUCAAUGCAGAUACAUUGCAAGCUCAAACUAGAGCUCCCCUUUCACCGAGAAGCGCCGCUUUUGUUUUGGAGAACAGGGCUAUCAUAGAAAAAAGAAAAAGGUCGCCGAGGCGGUCGUAUUCGAGGAGUCCCUCGCCUAGAAGGAGGUCGCCCAAUCCCCUGAGAAGGUCGAUUUCGCCAAGGCGGAGGUCGAGGUCGCCCAGGAGGAGGUCAAAGAGUCCCAGAAGAAGGUCGUUGAGUCCCAAAGUGAGGCAGUUCAGUCCAAAGGCGAGAGCUUUCAGUCCGAGGCCGAGGGGGUUGUUGAGUCCGCCGCACAGUCCGAAAUUGAGGCUGGGCAGUCCAAAGCAGAGGCAGGGCAGUCCAAAGCAGAGGCAGGGUAGUCCAAAACUGAGGCCGGUUAGUCCAAGACGACGGUCAAUGUCGCCGAAAAGAAGGGAUAAGAAGGAAUCAGAUCAGUCAUCUAAACAGAAACCUAGUAUAAGAGACCGACUCGGCUUGAAAAACCCUCCAAAAUCUGACAACAAAGAGUCAGCAGAAAAACCCGAACCCUCUAAAGUCCAAAAGGAAGAAAAAGUCCUCGAUCCUGUCUUAGAGGCUCGAAAAAAGAAAUUUGAAUCUAAGGAAAUCAAAGUCAAAGAAGGCGUUAUAAGGCUGAAACCCAAGGACGAAGCCAAGCCAGAAAAGAACGAAGAGAUCGCGAAUGAAGAGAUUAAAAAAGAAGAUACCGAAAAAGUAACCUCUUCAGAAGUAUCUGAAAAGGAAGACGAUAUUGUCAAAGACCUUGAAGCUCUCUUAAAAGAAGAUAUUCUCUUGGUUGAUGACGCUUUAGAACUGGAUCACAAAACCGAUCUCCUGUUUUCUGAUGAAGAAUCAGGCAGUGAAAAUGAGGGUAGAUUCAAAGUCAAACAACCUAACCUCAAAAAACCCGCCGCUGCGUUGCCGUUUACUAAGUUAGUGAACGGGGAAAAGGAAAAACCGGCAACGGUUAAAAGAAGAAGACUGUCAGACAGGCCAUCUUCUCGAGCUUCGCCAGCUGCCCAAAGAAAAAUUAAGCUAGUCAGUCCAGAAAGGACGAAAGAUUCUAAACGAAGCAGGACGAGCAGGUCGUCUUCCGUGAGGAAUCUCUCAGUAAAGAAGGAACGGCAUCCUGUGGAAAGGAGGUUUGAAAGAAAGAUUGAGAUCAAAAUUAAAAAUCCUUCAAAGUACGAGAAGGAGGACAAAAGCAGGCAUGAAAAGAGACAGGAGGAGAAAAAGGAGCAGAAAGUUGAAAGGAAAGUUGAGGUGGAAAAUCAGUUGAAGAUCGAUGAAGAUGAUGAUGAUGAUUUUGAAACUGAGAUUAUUAUAGAGCAUGAUGAGGACGAAGUGGAGAAUAACGUUAAAGAUGACGAUUUGAGGACGCAGUUAAGCAAAAAAAGAGCAGAAAAAUUAAGCAAACACACAAAAGGCGAGGCCGUCCCAUCCAGAUUGUUGCAAAGCGCUCUCCAGAAUGCCCUACCGCUAAAAAAGUCUAAGAAACCAAAAUCACAAGAACUAUCUUCCAGUGAAGCGAAAUUACCGAUACACUUGAGGCUGGGCACUUGUGGUUUGGAAACGUUCAGUAAGCCGAAACGGAAAUCGAGGAAAAGGAAGAACGGCGAGACCGAAGGCCAGGUGUAGAGAAAAGAAAAAAUCGACAAGAGACAAACAAGACCCGCCGAAAAUUCGGGAUUAACGACCUGGAUAUGUGGCAAAAAACAGACUUUUAAUUAUCGUUUUAAAGUGACAUUGUUUCUUUUAUUUUUUUUUAAUUAAUUUCUAAUCAAUUAGGAGAAUCUGUGUUAUGAUUUAUUUUGCUUAUCGAAUUAUUAAAUUAGCUUUCGAUUGUUGUAAUCUAGUACUCUUUCGUUUUUAAGACAAAGGCAGUGUAAUUUUCUCUAUUAAAUAUUUAUUUAAGUACAAAUCUUUAUACACUAAGAUUAAACUAUAUUAUUAUUCUACUUUAUAUUUAAUUUGUACAUAUAUAUUAUGUAUAUAUUGUUGAUAUACAGGAAAAGACUUUUUAUUUUUUAAUAAAUGCCCUCCCAGUGAUAU